AUGAGCUGUUGUGGAACCAAGAAACCAAGAACACUCUCUCCUCCCAGAACUCCACCACCACCACCACCACUGCCACCGCAGUCGCCGACCGCCAUGAACCACCACCCGCAACCGAAAAACGUCAAACAUGAAAUCCUCCUUUCCAUACCUUCCUCCAAAGUUCAUCUAAUGGACGAAGGGGAAGCAGUCGAACUUGCCGCAGGAGAUUUCACCAUCAUCCAAAUCUCCGACGAAGAAACCCUACUCGCCAACAUCAUCAAAGUUGGCGACGAUCUUCAAUGGCCGUUGACCAAAGACGAACCGGUCGUCAAGCUCGACCAUCUUCACUACUUGUUCUCGUUGCCGGUGAUCAAGAACGACGAUCCGUUGAGCUAUGGAGUGAGCUUUUCUGGUGAGAAUAAUUUGAGGUUGUUGGAUAAGUUCUUGAAGGAACAUUCAUGCUUUUCGAGUUCGUCGUCAAGAAAGACGGAUAUCGAUUGGAAAGAAUUCGCUCCCAAGGUCGAUGCUUACAAUAACUUUCUAGCGAAGGCGAUCGCUGGAGGAACCGGUCAGAUUGUUAAAGGGAUCUUUAUAUGUAGCAAUGCGUAUACGAACCAGGUGCAAAAGGGAGGUAAGACGAUUUUAUCACAGCCCGCGGACGAAAUCAAUGGCGUCUCGAGAAAUAAUACCGAAAGCAAGAAGAUCGAUGGUUCGAGAAACGAGAACGGAAUCAACAAAAGUUUAAAAAGUGUACGAAAGCUUUCUAAAAUGACCGAAAGCAUGAGUAAAGCAAUGCUGAACGGUGUCGGGAUAGCAACGGGAUCGGUCAUGGGACCGAUGGUUCGGUCUCAAGCUGGGAAGGCGUUUUUUAGCAUGGUUCCGGGGGAGGUCCUCCUAGCUUCUCUUGAUGCACUUAACACAGUGAUGGAUGCAGCUGAAGCUGCUCAAAAACAAACCUUAUCAGCCACAUCUGGUGCUGCAACUCGGAUGGUCAGUGAAAGGUUUGGCGAAAGCGCAGGGGAAGCAACGGGCAAUGUGCUUGCGACUGCAGGGCAUGUUGCGGGCACUGCUUGGAAUGUCGUCAAGAUCAGAAAGGCAAUCAAUCCAGCAACCUCCGUCUCCAACGGCAUUCGUAGGAAUGCUGCUAAAACUCGAUGAACGAUAAGAAAUGAAGAAAAUUCCAAUAAGAUUGAGAUCAUUUAUUGUAAUCUUUCAUAUGAAAUUAUGUAUGCAAGUAUUGAACAUUGGAAAUGGAAAG